AUGGGGAAAGUAGACAAUGAAAAAGAUGAUCAACAAGAGGUUGAUCCAUCAACCAUCACACGAGAACAAGGUUACUGGCAAGAAACUUGUCUAGGAAUUUGGACUAAAAGUAAAAAUCAAAGUCAUUCAUCGUCAGAACAUCCAGAGCAUUCCCAUAUAUGUAACGGAAUUAACUUUGUGAAAAUUUUUAAUUUGGAUGCCACUAAAGUUAAGCCAUCACCUACUCGAGGAUUACAACUUAUAGUUGUCGAGAGUAAGAAAAAAGAAAGCAUUCCCUUGGAACGUAAUGAACCCGUUAUCAAAAAGAAGCAACAUGAAAUGGAUGAUAAGGCUCUGUGGAAUAAUCAUACAAAUCAGCCAUAUCAUCGACCCAAGUCUCCACAUACGAAUAACAACCAUAAGGAGAAUGAAUCCAUGCUCAAUAAAAUUAGUUCCGUAUUAUAUAGUAAAUAUCUUGCUGCAAGCACCAAGAUCCAAAGUUUAAUCAAUAGUCCUCAUCCGAAACAAGAUUUGAUGAAUGAUACAAAGGACUUAUCACAUCGUUAUUCAAGUACUAUACGACAUCUGUACUCACAUGUAAAAAUAAGCGAAAGAAUUGACCAGACUGGAAAAUUUGUAGUGGCUCGACUAAAAAGGAUUACUACUUGGUGGGAGAAUAAAGGAAAUUAA